GCCUCGGCUCGGCUCGGCUCGGCUGGGCUCGGGCUCGGGCUGCAGCUCUUGUAGGGGUAGGCGGCGAGGAUGACAGUGGCUGCGGCGCGCGGCUGAGCCGGCGGCGAGAGAGCAGGGCCGGCGGGGGAAGAAAAGAGGAGGAAGUGGAACCGCGGCCGGGAGAGCUGGAGUCGGCCGCCGCGCCGAGGUCCGCCCCAUUUUGCUGAGAGUCGAGUCCAGACCUGGGGAGACUUCCCUGCCGGGCUCCGGCCACCGCGGCUCUGAGCUUCCUCGCCGGCGCCCUGCCCUGCCCCGCCUGCCCCAGUCCAGGCUUCCACGCCGGGACGCUCCCAGCCCCGAGCUCAGGCGCGUCGUGGCCAGGACGCCCCAGAACCUGACUUGGGGCGCCGGGAAGGGACGCUCUUGACCCACCAUAUGGAUCCAUGACCCACCAUACGGAUCCAUGGUUGAGGACUGACUGGAUCCCAGCCGUUCUAGAGUCUGUGUUGGAGCCCCCAGCCCCGCCCAAGGUGAACAGGGGGUGCUCCCAGACCCCCAACUGAGUGCAAAGGAGCCCGGACGCCCUCAGUCUCUGGUUCCCUGAAACCUGAACGUACAGCUGCCUCCGACCGGCGCUUCGGACUUGGGACCGUGAGAUCGCCCAGGAAGUCCAGCGCCGGGUGAGGGACCCCCUAGGUGGACUGGACAGUCGGACAGAACUGGACGGGGCUAGCGCUGCUAGCCGAAGCUGCCACCUUCCUGCCGUCCCAGGCGAGGGGCUCAGCACUCGCCCCGAAGGUAUACAACCCCCUCGCCCCCCGCCCUGUUCUGGCGGCGGGUGAGAGCCAAGAGCUGCAGCUCUCCUGGUGAAGUGACAUCGCCUCUCGUGGACGGGACUUCCCUGGGGCCAGCUCACAGCCACAGGACCAGCAAGGGGCCUCCAUGGGCGCCUGAGGGCCAGGCGCCAGGGCAGCGGGCACGAGCAUGGUGAGACACCAGCCCCUGCAGUACUACGAGCCGCAGCUCUGCCUGUCCUGCCUCACGGGCAUCUACGGCUGCCGCUGGAAACGCUACCAGCGCUCCCACGACGACACCACACCGUGGGAGCGCCUCUGGUUCCUGCUCCUCACCUUCACCUUUGGCCUCAUACUCACCUGGCUCUACUUCUGGUGGGAAGUCCACAAUGACUACGAUGAGUUCAACUGGUACCUCUACAACCGCAUGGGCUACUGGAGCGACUGGUCUGUGCCCAUCCUCCUGACCACGGCUGUGGCCUUCACUUACAUCGCAGUCCUCCUGAUCUUGGCGCUAUGUCACAUUGCGGUGGGACAGCAGAUGCACCUGCACUGGCUGCACAAGAUUGGGCUGGUGGUCAUCCUGGUGGCCACGGUGGUGGCCAUGUCGGCCGUGGCCCAGCUGUGGGAGGACGAGUGGGAGGUGCUGCUGAUCUCUCUGCAGGGCACAGCGCCAUUCCUGCACAUGGGGGCCCUGGUCACCAUCACCGCGCUCUCCUGGAUCAUAGCAGGACAGUUCGCCCGCAUGGAGAGGUCCUCCUCCCAGAUGGCCCUUCUCUGUGCCUUCUUCGCUGUGGUGUUUGCCCUCUACCUGGCCCCUCUCACCUUCUCCUCUCCCUGCAUCAUGGAGAAAAAGGACCUGGGCCCCAAGCCCACCCUCAUCGGCCACCGUGGAGCCCCCAUGCUGGCCCCAGAGCACACGCUGAUGUCCUUCCGGAAGGCCCUAGAGCAGAAGUUGUAUGGGCUCCAAGCUGACGUCACUAUCAGCCUGGACGGCGUGCCUUUCCUCAUGCAUGACAUCACCCUGCGACGCACCACCAACGUGGAGGAGGAGUUCCCGGAGCUGGCGCGGAGGCCAGCCUCCAUGCUCAACUGGACCAUCCUGCAGAGGCUCAACGCCGGCCAGUGGUUCCUGAAGACCGACCCCUUCUGGACGGCCAGCUCCCUGUCACCCUCCGACCACAGGGAGGCCCAGAACCAGUCCAUCUGCAGCCUAGCAGAGCUCCUGGAGCUGGCCAAGGGCAAUGCCACCCUGCUGCUCAACCUGCAAGAACCCCCCUGGGAACACCCCUUCCACGGCAGCUUCCUCAACAUCACACUGGAGGCCUUGCUGCACUCAGGCUUCCCCCAGCACCAGGUCAUGUGGCUGCCCAGCAGGCAGAGGCCCUUUGUGCAGAAGAUGGCUCCUGGCUUCCAACAGACCUCAGGCUCCAAGGAGGAGGCCACCAGCCUGCGUAGAGACCACAUUCAGUGGCUGAACCUGCGCUACACUCAGGUGUCGCGCCAGGAGCUCAGGGACUACGCAUCCUGGAACCUGAGUGUGAACCUCUACACGGUCAACACGCCGUGGCUCUUCUCCCUGCUGUGGUGCGCGGGGGUCCGGUCUGUCACCUCCGACAACUCCCACACCCUGUCCCAGGUGCCUUCCCCACUCUGGAUCCUGCCCCCGGACGAGUACUGUCUCAUGUGGGUCACCGCUGACCUGAUCUCCUUCACCCUCAUCGUCGGCAUCUUCGUGUUCCAGAACUAUCACUUGAUCAGGUGGCGCCUGGGUGGCAUACGGAGCUACAACCCUGAGCAGAUCAUGCUGAGCGCCGCCGUGCGCCGGACCAGCCGGGACGUCAGCAUCAUGAAGGAGAAGCUCAUCUUCUCAGAGAUCAGCGAUGGCAUGGAGGUCUCUGACGAGCUCUCCGCAUGCUCAGACAACAGUUACGACACGUACUCCAGUAGCACCACCGCCACCAUGGGCCCCCGCAGGAGCGGUGCCAAGACCCUCACAGAUCGAAGUGGGCCCUAGCCGAAGGUCUGUGUCUGUACUGACGUGGAACUGGGAACCCAGGAGAGCUGGCAGAAGUGCCUGGACUCGGAGUGCUCCGGGAGCUGGCUCCACGGCCUCCUCACGGGCCCCAGCCCCUUGUCAGCCAUGGCCUCUCCUGAAGAGGCUCUCUGUCCUGAGGCCCAACUGGGCCUGGACUCCAGUCCCUCAGAUGCCCCUGCAGGCCUGGGACUCCUUCUGAGAGAAGUAUAGCCAGGGCCAGACUCUCCCACACUGACCUGGAAGCUGUGAUGGGUUCCCGGCCCCUCUGGGCCCCUGUGGCCGUGGGGGUGUGGACGCCCUCCUGUGUCUGUCUUCCUGUCCAUGCUGAGAGGCAGCUGGAUUCUCCAUUUUUAUCCUGCCUCCAGGGCCUGGGCUGGGUCUUUGCCCCUGAAGCCCUGCUCUUAACGUCACGCAAAGCACAAGGAGCUCUGGCCCAGGAGGGAAGCUGCCAAGGUGGUGGGGACACUCCUCCCCAACCAGCCUCCCACCACUGCUGGCCCUUGCCCCAGGAGAGGGCCUCAGCCACAUCCCCUGGGAGCAACUCAGGGCUGCCCUGUCCUGUGCCCAAGUGUCCCGCAGGGCUCUGAAGCAGAAUGGCCCGGAAGCCAGCGGAUCCACAGGCUGACACAACCUCAGGUCCCCAUGGCGGUGGCCACAGGGCAGGCACCCCCUGAGAGAAGUGGUCAAGGGUGGGCGUGUGGAGGGAGCUGAACGGGCCUUGGUCAAAGUGAUUAAAGCUGCCAUCUUGA